AUGAUGAGCCGUCCACAGAAAUACAUAGAAGAUGAUCCAUGUUAUAAAUGUGAAGAUGGCUGGAAGCAACAUGGAGAAAAUUGCUAUUUUUUCUCCACAAGCAAAUCAUCCUGGAAUGAGAGCAGCACUGAAUGUAUCACUAAAGGAGGAGACCUGGUUAAGAUAGACAGCAGUGAGGAGCAGAGUUUCUUGAGGACAACCAUUCAACAAAUAACAGGGGGAUAUGAGAUUUAUUUCUGGAUCGGACUGACAGACUCAGCAGAAGAGGGCAGAUGGUUGUGGGUGGAUGGCUCACCGCUGAAUGAAAGGUUGACAUUCUGGUACUUUCAUGAGCCAGAUGAUUGGACUGAGGAAGAUUCUGAUGGAGAGGACUGUGUGAGGAUGGACUCAGAGGAUUGGUCGCAGCAGAUGGCCGCCCCUCCCUGA